UCAGCGUGCUUCCAUCUGGUGGAGGCCAACGGCAACCAUGCCGUUCCAGUCGUGGAAUGGCAGCCGUGACGUCGAGUCGUAGGUAGCACGGGUGCGGGGAUAAGGUUAUUAAUUAUUUCGCGCGGUUGAAAAUGUUUCUGCGGCGAAACAUUGGUUGCACAUACUGUGCAACUUUGCUGUACAUUCUUUACAGUGUGAAUUUGGGGGAUACACAGCUCCUUAUCAAUGUGAAGAACCAGGGAGGGGACGUGCUGCAGGAGACCAUCUCCGCCAACGUCACGGAGGACGUGGUCACGCUGGAGUUCCAGAGGUCGGACGGCACCCUCGUCACGCAGCUCGUCGACUUCCGGAACGGCGUGCAGAUCCUGAAGGCCUUGGUGCUGGGGGAGGAGGAGAGGGGGCAGAGCCAGUACCAGGUCAUGUGCUUCGUCUGCCACUUCCAGAAGGGAGAGUUCAUCUCCUCCGACGCCAUGGCGAAACUCAGACAGAAAAACCCGGGCACGAUCCGCACGCCCGAGGAGGACCGGGGGCGCGACAACCACACCAUGGACCUGUUCGUGGACGUGGCGAGGUCCGGGGUGAUAUCGCGCCACAUCGCGAGCCUGUGCGCCGAGGCGCGCGACGCCACCUACACCCGCCAGCUCGACGUGACGCAGUGGGCGGCGCAGCCAGGGGCCUCGCUUUCGUCGCUGCUGUCGGCGGUGCGCCCCUACCCGGCGGCCUCGGACGCCAAGGCGCCGGGACGCUGCCUGGAGACGGCCGACCCGUGGGCGCCGUGCCACUGCCGCCUGGAGCUGUGCAUAGGCUGGUACCCGUGCAGCCUCAAGUACUGCCGCGGCAAGACGGCGGCGAGCAGCGGCGCGAGCUACCGCUGCGGCAUCAAGACGUGCCGCAAGUGCAGCCUGUUCGCGUACUACGUGCGCGAGAAGCAGCUCUGCCUGUGGGACGAAUGACCCCGGCCGCGCAGCUGACCCCCCCGCCCCGCGGCGACUCGGCCUCGAGUUCUGAGCACGUAGGGGGCGGCGAGUGCUUCCAGGAGGCGUGCGUGCGGCCCGCCACACCCCGGUCGACCUGGCGCGGGCUUAUCGAUAGCGCACUAUCGAUACAACCAGCGAUUCGCUAGUUCGAAGGAUCUUUCGAUUCACAGGCGCCGUCUCGGCCGCGCGUUGCCACCAUCCUGAUCAGGCGUUGAGCGUUCACUGGCUCGGACGAAUAUCGUGUGCUCACACACCGUUCGUAUUAAAAUCACGCAGUACCGUUUUUUUUUUCUUCCAUUUCCAACUUAGUUCUGGGUGCAUGUCAAUUCGUCAUGGCCCAUAUCGUAUCACCUCGAGGUCAUUUUUUUUCUGUUCUGACGUCACUACGGAGGCUGAAAUUCUCAAUGCUGUACGUACUUGAUUAGCAGGUUUCCUUCGUAUUUUGGUUAGUUACGCAGACUUCUGCAAAUACGUUAGCCGUAUGCGCGUAGCCUGUUGCUCCGGUUAAUACGUGCGCUAUCAGAAAUCUUAAAGUCUUCUGUACGGCAUGUGGUGUGUUUCUGCAUCAGACCCAUAUUUUUUUCAUUGCUUUGCUUUGGAAAUAGUAAUAACUUUCUUGUAAGUUGUGAUAUUAAUUUUUUUUAACUGUUAAAUUUAUGCCAGAACUACAGACCUCAUUUUUGUCUUCAUUUUUUUUUUACGCUGCCUCCUUGUUUGAACUUUUAAAUUUUCAUGUUUUCUUCCACGUUUAUCUCUUUCAUUUUGGAAGUUACCGUUUUUCGAAAAUAGUUUUCAUGCCAAUUCCAUUUUCGUCAAUGGCUCAGUUCUAUUUGUGAUCCAAAGCGAUUGCAGAAGAUUUAGUGACAAAAACGUUUACAGCCUAAUUAUUAAAAAAUCAUUAUAAAAUGUGUUAGGUUUUUGUAAAACUAUUUAUUUUUCGAUAUAGUCCGAAUAAUCCAAAAAGUUUUUCUUUGUAGAAAAAAAAAAUUUUCCUCUGUUACACAUUUUUACUGUAAUCAUUUUCUGAUGCAUAGUGUUGUUAUUAUACUCAGCACUAGUAAUAACCUUUGACCUAAUUGCAUCAUCUUACUGAAGUGUGGGUACUUUUUCGCGUAAAGCUUAUUGGAUGAGCCGCACGCACGCAAUACAGGUAACCUACCUUUGAGGGUUAGGAAGUAUGUAAAAAUAACGUAGUUUUAUGGAAAUUAGAAUUUAUUUUAAUUUAGAGUUAUUUACCAGGUCACAAUGGGCAUUGUAAUGCAGCAAAACAAAGUAGAUUUGUAUAUAUCUAUGGAUAUUUUAUGUAUUAAAUUUUGAUUCAUCUAAUCUCUACGGGCCACCUUUGUUGUUGCUUAAAUUUCAUAACUUUAUUUUCUUUUAUGGAACGUCAUUAAUUUACGAAAAUAACUUUCUGUGGUGGGAUUGGACGGAGUUUCGAAUGUCUGCUUCAUCAUCAUCUUUAGCUAACAGAUUACUUAAAAUAAUUCGUAAACAAAUGUUUGCAUUGCUGCUUUAAUCCAAGAAAAUGGAAAAUUCAUACUUCAAAUAUAUUUUCACACAAAUAUAAAAAUUUAUAUACGGUUUUUUUUUUCAAGGUUGUAUCAACAUUUGCUCUACCGCGCAGAUUUUUUUUCGCCUUUGUGUAGUUUUUAAAAGCUCGUUAUAUUUUGUAUGUGUAAGAAUUGCAAAUACUGUUUUUCAAUGAAAAAACUAACAGAAAUUAAAUGAAAGUGAAAAGUCUCCAGUAUAAGAAUACAUUACUUUAACCAAUAUUUUUGUAGUGAUAUUAUAAAUACGAUUGGUAAGGUAUAAAUUCAAUCAAAAUCAAAAUAAAAAUAUUACAAUACAUACCCAGUAUUCCAUAUUAAUAUAAACACAUGAAAAAUUAAUUAUUAAUUUAUUAAAAUAAUAUAGCAAUUUCAGUUAAUAAUUGAAAUAAAAAUAUCCUAAAUGUUUAUUCUAAUUUAUUAAUUUUAAAUAUUUAUUAAAUAAUGUUAUUUAUAAUACAAAUAAAUCAUGCAUAUGGGAACAUAACCCUACUUUAUUAAUGCAGUUUUUUUGGAGCUCUUGUAUGCAUGCAGCUUUUCCGUUUUCAAAAUAAAGUCUGUGCAGAUGAAGUAGAGGACCGUGUCAUAAUGUACUUAAAUAAUUUGGUCAGAUCUAUACUGGGGUCGCAUUGAAAUAAUUAGUUUUGACUUGACUUUUGCUGAACGUCACUUGGUAAAUUGUAGCUAUUCGAUUUUUAUUCGUCCAUCAAACCCGCGAUCUAAUUAAAUUGCGAUAAAGCGCAUAUUAAUUAGCUUCUGGGACGUGUUUAAUUACUGAACGUUUUGGCCAUUUCUUGUCACUGCCGUCGUUAAAGGCACAAAAAAAUCAACUGAAGGAUUUUCGCCAAUAUCACUCUUUCAUUCACUUUAUUUACAUGUAUUUUUUGUCCUUGAAUCUUAACAUCUCAUGCACAACACACGAGGGUGCGAAACAAUAUUUUAUUUUGUAUGUUUGAAUAUUACAACUAAAACUUGACAGGAUUUGCCGUGGCUGAGAGGAAGCGACAUGGAUAAAUUUUAUCUCGCAUAUAAUACUCAACUGAAUCCAGAAUUACAGUUCACAGUAGAGGCAGGACGUACCUUGUAAAGUAAAAUAUUUUUUUUUAAAAAACGUGUCAGAUUCUGAUCCCGGAUGUCAGCCAUUUCCUUAGCCUUUAUCCGUAACUUUUACAUAACUUUUUUUUACUAAUUUAAACGUUAUUGUUUCUAAAAUGCUGUUGAAUUUGGAUUAAGUCUUUUUCUUUGACCACUAAGCAUUCAUUUAAAACUGAUUGGGAGAAUUUGAUGGAUAUGCUUAGAAAUAUUUGUCUAUUGCAUGUGGUUUAGCUAGUUUCUUAGUGAUCGUUGAAGGCAAAAAAACUUGCAUUUUUUAGUUUACUUCUUCUGUAUACGUGAGCUAGCGAAUGUCUUGCCUUUUUUAUAUGUUUUUUCUCCUUAUUUGUGAUAUUAUUUACACGGUUGGUGCAUACUGAACGUUAUAUAGCAAGAACUACGCCCACAUUUUUGCCAAAGCUAACUUCUUAUUAUAUAUAAUAUGUACUUAAUUUCAUAUAUUUAAAAUAUAAAAAUCUUAAUACAUUCUUAGUGUACACUAUCAUCAAUACAACGCAGCCAUAUUUUUUUUUUGUGUAGAAUAUUUUCAUUAUUUGUAUUCUCAAUAUUUUCCUCAGAAAUAUUUUGCUCAACAAGAAGUAACUCUAAAUGCUACAUUUAGUCGCUAUUGUUACGAUAUUCGUGUUGGUAUCGGGUGAUAGAAGUACAGAUUGUAUGUCUUUAUGCUACUACCACAGUUAAGAGAAUGUUUUAGUGUUCAUGUAAUUGAUAUAAAACUUGCCGACGAACAUUUGAUCUGCCUCUUGGUGCUAUGUUCUGUAGAUGUGUUUGUUACAGAAUGGGUAUAAAACGUGUAAACAUUAAAUAUGCAUGCCUAUGCCAUUAAGUGUCGUGCUGUUGUAAUGGGCGAUAGCUCUUUGCUGUCAAAUUAACAAUGCUGAGUGAUAUUUAAAAUAUUUCUUGCCUUCCGAGUACAUUAAAAUGUUGUUAUUGAAGUGGGGUUAAGAGCAUAGCACUGUUGAAAAACUGUUGUACAAAGUGUAUUAUUGCCAUAAACUUGUAGCAUACUAUUUUUUACUUCACAAUUGAGUAAUUAAGUAAAUACUAUAAUAUUUCAGGCCAGGACCUUAAUGAUGUGUGUACGAUUCUGUUGUGCAUAACGUACACUAAAGUACAGGUAUUUAAAUCGAUUAAAACUGUAAUUAUAUUGUAUAGACUUUAAAACGUAAUUACUGUUGUUUUUUUCGUUUAUGAAUAACUGCUAAGAUGUAUGUAAUUUGUGCCGAAAAAAAAAUUAUAAUGUAUACUCUUAAAAUUGAGGGUGUCUUAUAGUAUGACCCGUAGUUUAUAAGUUUUGUUUUAUUAUUUGGUUAGAAUGGGGAACAUGCAUGCGUGAGGUGUUGUUUGAAGAAAAAAAAAACACUAUGAGAUAUAGGAAUUGGGUUUACAAUAGCUCUGUGUGUCAGAGACGUAAAACACGUCACGCUGUUUCUUCUGCCAUGUCAAGGCCGUGCGUAUGAAAUUUCGAUGGAGAUUUGUUUUCAUGUUACUGACAUGGGGAUAUCUGCAAAAGUUUGUGUGUUACAGUGUGUUUUAAGGGGCUUUAGUGGUUUAUGGAGUGGUUUGUUGAAUGAUAACUGUCGUGGUGAAAACGGGGUACAUUCUCAACCUUUAUAGACCCUUUAUUAGUUGCAAAUACAAAACAAUUAUGGUCUAUAAAUGUUAUGCAAAAAGUUGAUUUGAAAAGUUUCACGUGUAGUUAUUUUUAUUUUGGAAAUUUCCUAUUUUAACCUAUUAAUAAAUAUUAGCUAGUGACUGCGAGAAAAUACCUCUUUGAAGUGCACUUUAUUUAUUGUAACUGUAAUGAGGCAACGGGUGGUAUGGUAGCUCACCAACGUGUUAGUUCGCGACAAAAAGUUUACUCUCUUACGAGUAAUAAAUGUCAAAACACCAGAGUGAAAAAAUAUUUAAACUGUACGAUACUUAACGGGCAGCAAAUCCCAAACUUUCAAGCAAAAACCAAACAAAUAACGAGCAAAAAAUAAAGGUUUUAACUAUCCAAACUUUCUCACUAAAUGCAAAUUUUUAUAGUGGGGCAUUAGCUUACUUGGAUUGUUAGUACAACAAAUUAAUAUUUACCAUAUUUAAAAAAAAGUUAAUGACACAGCCCAAAGUUUUAGGAUUAUAAUGUCAAUUUAACUAUUUGAUGACAAAUUAUGAAGUAAAAGAUAUUUAAAAUGUGUGAAAAACAAAAUGCUGUUUUGUAAUAAAAACGUAUGAUCUAUAAAUGAGUAGGAAAUGCAAAAUUGCUGGUAUGCCAUACCACAAGCACAAAGUAUAUGGUAACCAAAAUAAAGUGAAUUGAUUUUCACUGGUGUAUUUGCCUGAUAACUACUUAUGCAUACUUCUCACAAUCAGUGUAGCUAUGUUAGAAAUAUAUUAUGAUAACGACUAUCUAGCGGGUGGACCCAAAAUUAUUUUAAAAAAACUAGGUCACAAUCUCGGCCCCGAGCGAAGUCAGGAAGCAGGAAGCAAGUAGAUUGAAAUAAGGUAACGAAAUAAAGUGUGCAUAUUCCCUAUUUUGAAGAUGUGAAUUCUUUAAGUUUCGUAGCUAUCGUUGGACUUUGCUGAGUCAGUGGGGCCUUAGCUUUCUUGUUGCAGUUCCCGUACUGUCCUUCCAUUCAUACACGUAGCUGAUAGCAUUUGACCGCGUUAUGCUUUAAUGCUAGUGUGACGUGUGUUGCUUUUAGUGUAUUUCUGGCUGUACCUACACUGUAAUGUACUCCCUGUAAUCUGUGAGCAGCUGAGAACAAAGCUGUAUGUUGUUUGUACGUUUCUAUAAAAUUUCAAGGAAAUACAGCUCGCCUGUAAUAAUG